CUGGGCUUCGCUUCAAAGAACCGACGAGAACCUCGACGACCUAAUUGCGAACCCAUCCGUAGCUGAACAAAUACAACUCUUGAUAAUCAUCCUCCAUCUAUUCAAUCUCGGUGUCCCACUUGCGACUGAAGUCUGUCUACGAAUCAAUCACUCAUAACCCAAUCCGCGACACAGCGCGCUCUCUACUGAGAACUGCGAACUUCCCACAGUACCAACUGCAACAUCUGAUCCCAGGGCACCUUCGAGCCACGCGCGCGCGACGUGCGCCCGCUCCACAACGAUGCCCUCAGACGACUAUUCCUCUGUUGCCCGCGGGCCUCUCAAGCUCAAGGGCGUCGUGGCCGGGGGUAAAGUCAAGAAACACAAGAAGAAGAAGGACAAGACCGACCUGGAGAAGAACCUAUCGACCGGCGACAGCAAGUCGCCAGUAACCAGCAAUAACGAUGAUGACGAGAAGCAAUUACAAAAGCGAGACGCGGAUAGUCUAGGCGCAGAUAUAGUAGACAACCAAGAUGAGGAACGAACGAGAAGAGCAACAAGCCAAAGUCAGGAAAGGGAAGAAGACGACGAGACGAAAACCGAGGCGGAGAGGAGGUUCCUGGAGGCCAAGAGGAAGAGGCUAAAAGAAAUGAUGGAAUCCGGCCGUGUUCGCCCCGAGCUGCUCAAGACACACAAGCAGCGCGUGGAGGAGUUGAACGCGCACUUGUCCCGCUUGAGCGAGCAUCAUGAUAUGCCCAAGAUUGGACCUGGUUGAGAAAGCGGACAGCAGCAGAAAGGAGAGAGAAAGAGAGAGAGAAAGGAAAACAGGGAAUCCAGGCGACAAGAGACGAAGGGGAAACCAGCCCGAGGAUACCUGGGCUGGUAUGUGGUAUAUGGUAUGUGGCUUGCGGAAUGCACAACAACCGGCAACUGCCCACUUUGCCCACCACCUAAAAGACGUGGCAUUCACUGGCAUACCAGAUACGGGACAAACAAGAGAAGAGACGAAGAAGAGCUGAUGGCCCGAUGCUCGCGUGUCCGGUGAAUUGGAAUCCAGGACCCGGUCGCAAGAUGUCAGACAUCCGGUUAAACCGGGAGCACUUCGCGGAUGCCACUGCUGGCGGAACAAUGUAGAGGCUGACAGAGUCGGAUCCGAAGACAUGUUCUCGUCAGACUCUGGCAUGUUAGUUGUUCCAGACUUGACGGAGUGAGAAAGGUGGUUGAUGUGAUGCCAGUUUUUUUUUUUGGCGGGGCAGCAUUUGAAUGGAAAUGGGAAUGCCCCGAGAGGCUGCAGAUAUUCACGAGGUUUCUAUUUUUAAACACCGAUCCAUGAUACCAAUCAGAAUUCUUUCUACACCA